UGAAAAUAACUUCUGGGAUUACAUUAGCCAAUAAGAACCUCUGAAUAUACUCUUUGUACUGCAUAAUGAGAUGGGAACACUGGUGCCUCUCCCAUCUCACAUAGCUUUCACUUCUGGUGAGCUUCUCUCCCAGGCUACAUUUCCUACUUGGAUCCUAUUAACUAACUGCCAUAGCCUUUUCAGACCCUGCAUCAAAAAUGCAAGCUCAGCCACCUACGGUAAUUAUGACUCAACCUGUGACUGUCCCUGUGGCCCAGACCUCAAACUGGCAGACAGGCAUUUGUGAUUGCUUCAGUGACUGCGGAGUCUGUAUAUGUGGCACAUUUUGCUUCAUAUGCCUUGCAUGUCAAGUUGCAAGUGACAUGAAUGAAUGCUGCCUGUGUGGAGCAAGCGUCGCAAUGAGGACCCUCUACCGGACCCGAUAUGGCAUCCCUGGAUCCAUCUGUCACGACUAUUUGGCAGCCACAUGCUGUUCUCAGUGUUCUCUUUGCCAGCUCAAGAGAGACAUCAACCGAAGGAGAGCCAUGAAUGCUUUCUAAACAGCUAAUGGCAGAAAACUCUUACUGAAGCAACUAAAAUCAGCAGACACCUCUUCAGCUUGAGCACUUCUCCAGCUUUUGCAACUGAAAUUUGAUGAACAAGUUUCAUCACAACUGAUGGGAGAAAAAUCACAUUUUUUACUUGUCUUAAAUGAAUGCUGCCCCUUAUUUGUGCUAAAUGGUCCACCUUAGUUUUCUCUCACUUUCAUGCUAUCCAAUUUUCUGGCUUAUAAAUUUUGAAGAUUGCGUUUGAAAUAUAAACCAAAUAAAAGAUUUUCUAACAAGAUUCUUCAUACUUCCUUACUCUCAUUAAAAUCGCCUUGUGUCAUUAGCUGACUUUAAGGCUCAGUCUCAAAAUCUCAUAAUUUGAUUUCGCAGCU